AACGUAAUCCACAGCUGAAAUAUGGUGUCCAAAAUUUCCUUCCUCGUGGCAGGUUUUGUGUUAUUAUUACAUCGGAUUGCAGCGAAACCAGUUUCAGACACGAAGCAUGCACCAUAUUCGCAUCAUCACUCUAUGCUUUCAAAAUAUUUCAACGAGGAGAUGAUUGCUGAUCAGAACACUUCACCAUUCAAGAGAAACUCCUGGUUCAAUAAAAAUGAAAAACAGGAUUAUGAUGAAGAAUAUGAAAUGAAUGAAUAUCGUCGUAGAAAUGAGGAACUUGAAAACAUUGAUACAAGUGAUGGAUUACCUUCGCAAACUAAUACAUUCAAGACGGAUAAUGAUGAACCACAAAAAUUAGGAUACAAAAGACAUGGCAUGGAAUUGAAUCUUUGGAAGGACAUAAUUUCACAAGAUUCGUUCCAGCGAGAAGCUUUAGCCCAGCACAACAACUAUCGUAAGCUUCACGAUGCUCCUGAGCUCAGAUUAAACAAAGAAAUGAGUGAACAAGCGGCUGACUACGCCAGGAUUUUGACCUUAACGGGCUCCGUGGAUCAUUCCAAACAAACAGAAAGACCAAACCAAGGUGAAAAUAUUUUUAUGGAAUGUUCAAAAACAAAUUCUCCUUCGCCGAAUGACGCCGCAAGAAAAUGGUAUGAUGAGGUGUGCGACUAUAAUUUCCAUGAAUCGCAAUCAAAUCCUGGAAAAGUAACGGGACAUUUUACUCAACUAGUGUGGAAACCAAGCACAGAGCUGGGUAUUGGGUACGCAUUAGGGGUGGAUAAAUAUGACCCUGGAAUGAAAUGCAUGUACGUUGUUGCAAGAUAUAAACCAGCGGGAAAUAUUCUGGGAAGUUUCUCUACGAAUGUUGGUAGACGUUCACUUGAAGAGGGUCAUGACUGUCACAAAAAGGAAGAGGAACUGUCAAAGAUGUUGGAUGAGGAUUCUAGUGUGGAAACACAAAACGAAGAAACAACUUCCAGGCCUAAAAAUCUCCCAAAACGGAGCCAGCUCUAAAGUUCUACGAUUCUAAUGGCGAGAUUGCUGUACCAACUGAGGUGGAAGACGCAAUAUUAGAUGCUGAUGAUAGUACGUUCCAGCCAAU